AUGGCGGCGGCGGUGGCGGCGGCGAGCGGCAGGAGGGCCAAGGCCCCGCGCGGGGCUGCGGGACGGCGGCGGCCGCGCCCGGCGGUCCCGAACGCCCAGGGGAGACCGCGGGCGGCGGCCGGCCGGCCCGCCGACGAGGAGGUGUCCAGCGACUCCGAGACGGAGAGCCUGUCGUUGGGGCGGCGGCGGCGAGAGGCGGCGGCGGCGGAGGAGGAGGUGGAGGAGACGCCGCAGGAGAAGAAGCUGCGCCUGGCCAAGCAGUACCUGGAGGAGCUCCGCCAGCUCGAGGAGGAGCGGGCGGAGGAGGAGGAGGAGGAAACCCAGCCGGCGGAUCUCAUCGGCGACCGACUGAAGGAGGACGUGCUCGAGCAGAAAGGCCGGCUGCAGCGCUUGGUCGCCAAAGAUGUGCAGCCUCCGGAUCCAGCCAGCAUCCGUGUGCUGCGGGGACACCAGCUGCCUGUCACCUGCCUGGUCAUCUCUCCCGAUGACAGAUUCAUCUUUUCUGCUUCCAAGGACGGCUCCCUCAUCAAAUGGGAGGUGGACAGCGGGAAGAGGCUGUGCGUGGUGCCCGGGGGGAAGAAGGGCACGGAAGAGCGGCACAUGGGACACGCGUCCCACAUCCUCUGCAUGGCCAUCUCAUCGGAUGGCAAGUACCUGGCCACAGGAGACAGGAACAAGUUGAUCAUGAUCUGGGACACAGCCACCUGCAAGCGCCUGCACAUCUUCACAGGGCACCGUGACGCUGUCUCGGGCCUGUCCUUCCGCAAGGGGACACACCAGCUGUACAGCGCUUCCCAUGACCGCUGCGUUAAAGUCUGGAAUGUGGCAGAGAACGCCUAUGUGGAGACCCUGUUCGGGCACCAGGAUGUCAUCACGGGGCUGGACAGCCUGAGCCGGGAGUGCUGUGUGACGGCGGGGGGACGGGAUGGCACCGUGCGGCUCUGGAAGAUCCCUGAGGAGACACAGCUCGUGUUUUCUGGGCACCAGGGCUCCAUCGACUGUAUUCAGCUCAUCAAUGAGGAGCACAUGGUGUCUGGCGCCGAUGACGGGUCUUUAGCCCUCUGGGGGCUGACGAAGAAGAAGCCUCUGGCGCUGGCUCGGCAGGCGCACGGCGCGCAGGAUGCCCAGGGCCUGGAGCAGCCCUACUGGAUCUCAGCGGUGGCCGCCCUGCGCAACAGUGACCUCCUGGCUACAGGAUCCCACAGCGCCAGUGUGAAGCUCUGGAAGUGUGGUGAGGGAUUUCGGAAGCUGGAGCACCUCUGGGACAUCCCCUUGGUGGGUUUUGUCAACAGCCUCAAGUUCUCAUCAUCUGGUGACUUCCUGGUGGCUGGCAUCGGGCAGGAGCACCGGCUUGGACGGUGGUGGAGAAUCAAAGAAGCCAAAAACAGCAUCUGCAUCAUCCCCCUUAAACAGAGAGCCACGGCCUCUGGCCCUGAAUCUCCUGGCAGCUCCUAGCCCCCCGGUCAUGAAGCAGGUCAUUCUGACCCUGGAGCUGCACCUUGAUGCAUCCUUGGUGCAGCCACCCCCCUGGGGCUGGCAGGAUGUGAGUAGGGGGUGUCACACAGCCUUGCUGGCCCCCGUGUUGUGACCUGGCUCUGCCCUCUGCGAGGGUCUGUCCCCUUCCCUCAGGUUCGGCUGGACCUGAGCUCUGGAACAGUCCAUUUUGUAAAAAAAAAAACCACCAAAACGACUUUAUUUACAUAAAUUA